AUGGCUUCUUCAUUGAGACUGGGAAGCUCCGCGAUCCGCUCGUCCCUGGUUACCAAGCCUGCCGUCCAGUCCGCCGCUUUCAACGGUCUGCGAUGCUAUUCCACCGGCAAGGCUAAGUCCCUCAAGGACACCUUCGCCGACAAGCUCCCCGAAGAGAUCGAGAAGGUCAAGAAGCUCCGAAAGGACUUUGGCUCCAAGGUCGUUGGCGAGGUCACUUUGGACCAGGUCUACGGUGGUGCUCGUGGCAUCAAGUCCCUUGUUUGGGAGGGAUCCGUUCUUGACAGCGAGGAGGGCAUCCGCUUCCGUGGCAAAACGAUCCCAGAAUGCCAGGAACUACUCCCCAAGGCCCCUGGCGGAGAGGAGCCUCUCCCCGAAGGUCUUUUCUGGCUCCUGCUUACCGGCGAGGUCCCCAGCGAGCAGCAGGUCCGUAACCUGUCCGCCGAAUGGGCUGCUCGUUCCGACGUCCCCAAGUUUGUCGAGGAGCUCAUUGACCGCUGCCCCAACGACCUCCACCCCAUGGCUCAGUUCUCCCUCGCCGUGACCGCCCUGGAGCACGAAUCCGCCUUCGCCAAGGCCUACGCCAAGGGUAUCAACAAGAAGGAAUACUGGCAAUACACCUUCGAGGACUCGAUGGACCUCAUCGCCAAGCUCCCCACCAUUGCUGCCCGCAUCUACCGCAACGUUUUCAAGGACGGCAAGGUCGCCGCUGUCCAGAAGGACAAGGACUACUCCUACAACUUGGCCAACCAGCUCGGAUUCGGCGAGAACAAGGACUUUGUUGAAUUGAUGCGUCUGUACCUUACCAUCCACUCCGACCACGAGGGUGGUAAUGUCAGCGCCCACACCACCCACCUUGUCGGCAGCGCUCUCAGCUCCCCAUACCUCUCUCUGUCCGCCGGUCUGAACGGUCUUGCCGGCCCUCUCCACGGAUUGGCCAACCAAGAGGUUCUUGUCUGGUUGCAGAAGAUGAAGAAGGCCAUUGGCAACGACCUUAGCGACGAGGCCAUCAAGAACUACCUCUGGUCCACCUUGAACGGCGGCCAGGUUGUUCCCGGUUACGGCCACGCCGUUCUCCGCAAGACCGACCCUCGCUACGUGUCUCAGCGUGAAUUCGCUCUCCGCCACCUCCCUGAUGACCCGAUGUUCAAGCUUGUCAGCCAGGUUUACAAGAUCGCUCCUGGCGUUCUUACCGAGCACGGAAAGACCAAGAACCCCUACCCUAACGUGGAUGCUCACUCUGGUGUCCUCCUGCAAUACUACGGCCUGAACGAGGCCAGCUACUACACCGUUCUCUUCGGUGUUUCCCGCGCCCUCGGUGUUCUUCCUCAGCUGAUCAUUGACCGCGCCCUCGGUGCCCCCAUUGAGCGCCCCAAGAGUUUCAGCACCGAGGCUUAUGCCAAGCUUGUCGGCGCUAAGCUGUAA